UGAUCUUGAAUUGUUAAUUUCUUUUUUUCAAGUGCAUGUUUUUGUGGACAUAACGAAGUAACCACAGUAACAGGAGAUAUGAGCAGUAAAAUUUAUGGAGUCGCUGUCAUCGGUCUUGGUUUAGCGGGACGUAUUCGCGUGGGAGAUUUAACGAAUAGCACGUCAUACGAUAAGAUACAAUGGUGUUUGAAAGGAUUUGUCUCAAGGCGCAGUUUAGAGAUCGAGGGUGUUCAACAGCUGGCGGAAAGUGAGGUUUUUGACAGAAAAGACAUUGAUGCAAUAUUAAUCUGUACAGAAAAUGGAUCACAUGAGCGACUAGUCAGGAGAGGAAUAGAGAACGGAAAGCAUGUCCUCUGUGAAUAUCCAUUAGCUCUGUCCUCUCGUGUUGCUAAGGAGUUUUUCAAUCUAGCUGAAAAGAAAGGUGUUAUUCUUCACGAGGAAAAUAUUGGUUUGUUAUUUAACUACAAAGAACAGCUUGAUAACAGUUCUAUUCCAUGGAAACACUGUGACAUUUCAGUGAAAGGAGGAUACAAUGGAUGGAUUGAGGAUCACGAGAAUUCAGGGCCACCGUUUGUAUGUAACAUUGGGCUGGUAGAAACUGUCUGUCAUCUAUGUGGUGACCUAAAAGCUGUGGGUGGCUCCUUCAGUAACACAGAGUCCAGCUUUGAGGCGGUGGCUCAUUUAGAAACCCCAGAUAAAAGAACGGUCACCAUCACUCUAAACCGAUCGAAAGAUUGUUACGCAAGGGAAAAAUCCAUUGUGUUUCAACUUCAGGAUGGGAGCGAACUCAACAUAAGUCCUACAAAAACAUCAGGGGCCAAACCAGAUUUAUUCCUGCAAGAUUUCCACAAGUUUAUGGACGAGAUAGUCAGUGGUAGGAUAGACCAGGAAAUGAAAGCCAGAACCAUGAGAGCUUUAGAAAUAGCCGAGGAUAUCCAUCGACUCAUAAUGCCUAAAUUGUAAUUACAUGUGAUCAAUUUCUGAAUAAAUAUUAUUUAACGGA